AAAAACGAGUUUUCCAGACCAUAAACACACAAGUUACACUCUCUCUAACAAUCAUCCGCGUGCGCGCUCCUUCACUGGCAGCGCCGGCCCUCUCAUUUUAACGUACAAUUGAAAGGUGUGUUCUUUUCAAUCCAUCAAAUGGAGGAGAAAUCAUUUUUGGAUAGAAUGCUUGGUCAUCUACGAGAAACAUGCAAGUACUAUACUGGGUAUCCUAAAGAUCUUGGGCCAUCACGGGUUAUUCACUUUACAUCAGAGCGUGAGUUUGUCCAACUUCUUCACCAAGGCUAUCCGGUGGUUGUUGCUUUUACCAUCAGAGGCAAUUACACCAAACACCUAGACCGUGUUCUUGAGGAAGCUGCUGCUGAGUUUUAUCCACAUGUAAAAGUUUUGCGUGUUGAAUGUCCAAAAUAUCCUGGCUUUUGUAUAACACGGCAGAGGAAGGAAUAUCCAUUCAUUGAAAUAUUCCAUAGCCCAGAACAAGCAGCUAACCAGGGAAGGGUUGCUGAUCCAAAUAUCACAAAAUACUCUGUGAAGGUUCUACCUUUCAACUAUGACCAGAGUGCUUAUGGAUUCAGAGAAUUUUUCAAGCGCCAUGGCAUACGAUCGUCACCAGAUCCAAAGUAAAAGGACUGUCAGAAAAGUACUUGGUAUGUAAUAUAUGGUUUAAUUAAGAACCACCUCUUGUUAAAAAAAUAUAAUAUGGCUGAUAAGCAUUAUUAGUUAAAGAUUAGUGCCUUGUAUAUGGUUCAAGUGAAUUUUAUCAUGUUCUAAAGUUCAUGCCCACUCGAACUCAUUUACUGUGAAUGAAGUUUGAAACAUGUAUCGUAUUUUGUUUCAAAAAAUGCUUUCUUUUCAAAUUUU